AUGGGAGGUAGACGGAUUACCGACCCGGAUCGCCUGUCAGUGCUUCAUGCAAUGCACGACGAGGCGAUCGAUAUGUUGAACAAACACGAAGUUAUACCUGUUCAGCGAUCGAACCUCACCGAGCAAGUCCCGCAUGAAAAGCGCGUAUACCAAGUCUUCGGGCUCCUGGGAGUCCAGCUCCUCUCCAGUCUCGGUCUCAAAGCCCUAGAGGAAGUUAUCGACGCCCUACUAGACCUUUUUACAUCGGAUGACAUCAUUUGGACGGACAGAGAUAACUGCCGUGCGUAUUUCAGCACUCAGGGCGGUGGCAACGAGAAUUUCAGAACUUACGCAAGGGGCCAUGGCAAUCCCACCGCCGAGGAAUGGAAAAACGUCGGAUGGAAUAACCCCGAGAGCACUGCUCCGCCGGUCCAUUUCUUCGAAGGUGACCCUGCGAUUGGUCUAUACAGCGUUCAGUUUACUGCAACAGACAGGGUUGCCUGGAGGGGGGUCCCAAACACAGUGAAGUGUUACAUCGAGGGGCUGUGCAAUCCUCAGUACAUCUUUUACCACAAGGGCUAUAGAAUCGUUCUCAAUACAUGGGAAUCUCAGGGCCGCAUAUCAGCUUGCCAGUAUUCCGGUGGAGAGGAUUGCCUGGGCUUGUGCUCCUCGGGCGUGAAGGAUCAGUUCGGAUCAGGCGGUGUCCGCUGGGGCGGUGACUGCGCGAUUCCUUGCGUUGACGAUGUCCCGGAUGACUAUGUUGUGAUCCCUAACGAGGAAGCAAGGUAUAUGGUGGUGGGGGACUCGAUUUCGCAUGGGAUGGAGGGCGACUGGACGUGGCGGUACCGGCUCAGUCAAUGGAUGGAUUAUAACGGGUACACGCACCAUUUCGUCGGGCCCUGGACGGGAACGCACGGCAACAGUCCGCUCUCCGCCUCUCAGCCUCGAGCCCCCUUGUUCCCCGACGAGCAGGCCCCAGAGACCAUUGAGAUUCGCGGCGAUUAUGCCGGGGGCGUAGCCGAGAGUUUCCGCAAUACCGGCCAUGCUUCAUUCUGGGGUCGUCAAGCCGCACAGUCCAGACAUACCAUUAAGGAUUGGGUCUCGGAACACAAACCAGACUAUCUCCUGAUCCUGCUGGGCUUCAACGACCUGGGCUGGUGGGUGAGCGGACCGGAGACCCUGGUCGGAGACAUGGGGAACCUAAUCCAGGCUGCACGCGAGGCGAAGCCAGACAUCAAGCUUCUCGUGGGAAACGUGGUUGAUCGCACCUUCAUCAAGGGCCGCCAGGACCUGGUUGACAACACCAUCAGAUACAACACACUUCUAAGGGAUACGAUCCACAACUGGUUCCGGUGGGAGUCGCCAAUUGCCUACGUCGACGUUAAUGCGAAUUAUAACUGUCGCACAGGUGGCUGUCCGCACGCAUAUGAUGGGUUGCACCCUAAUGCUCUGGGCGAGUACCAUAUCGCGCAGGCCUUUGCUCGAGUCCUACAGAGGGACUUUGGGUACCAGGGGAUAGAAUUCCGAGUACCCGAGAACGUUGAUCCUAGACCUGUUAGCAGGCCAGUUAAUGGUGCAGGGGGCGACGGGUCCUCGGGCGACGUCUACCCGAAUACGCACGGCAGCUGGCAGCCGUGGGUGAUCAAUGGCCAGACGUGGGAGUAUCAAGUUCGCACCAAGGGUGACAAUAAUAUCAGGUCAGAGUGGUCAGCAUUUAGCUCUGCCACAGCUGAUGUCGACACAGCGCCAGGACCGUCCAACAUCAUCGUUGAACCUCAAGGAAAUAAUGUCCUUGUGCGGUGGGACGCCGUCACGGGGUACUACGUAAAUCGAUACGGCGUACUGGUAUGGGAUAAGGACACGGAGGGUGCAUUCCUCCAGGUUUAUCCCGUGAAGGGGACGAGCUUGGGGGUCACAGGUCUGAACUCCAGUCACCGCUACGGCAUAUGGGUAGCUACCUACGUCGGCAUGAUUGGGAGCUUAACCAGGACAGGCAUCUCAGCUGGUGGUUUACCUGCGUCGGGAAGAGAAGUAAUUGCCGGGUACGGGGCCCCCGCGCCACCUAGCGGACUCCGUGUGCACACUAUCGAUGCAACCAGUAUUCGACUGGAAUGGAACGCGGUGUCUGGCGCUUCAGGCUACAGUAUUCAUGUCCGAAGCGUAAGGGACAACACGGCGCUCCGGGUGGAUGGUACAACGGCCGAAACAUCAUACGGGGUCGGCUUCCUAUUCCCGGGAAAUUGGAACUUCGAAUUUUGUGUGUCAGCCUUCAACGGGAAUCUGGAAAUUGCACCUGCCUCCUGUAUUAUCCCGCCUGUCUGCUGUGGUUUUGAAAAGAGAGACCUGGUUCCGGAAGACUAUACAGUCGCGGAAAACGUGAGCACAGUCUAUAACUCGACCAGCUUGGUUGAAGACAAGGAGAUUCGGGAUUUAUUUGUAAUCCUCCAGCAGACUGCUGAAUUUGCAUCCCUCAUCGAGCCUGGUCAUAGCCUGAGGAUGCAAGAGAAGAUUUAG